AUCAGAUUCUUCGAAAUAUCUUCCUUUCUCUCUCUUUCCAAAAUGGAGGCUUUGUAUGCGAUUCCCUUUCAUGUUUUAGAAGUACCAAAUCUAAAAUUAAAGAAGCCAGGAUGGGUAAAAGCUCCGUCAGCCAUGGUUGUCUUUGCCUUUGUUCUCCUUUCGUAUUUUUUAGUCACCGGAGGUAAGUAUGUUUCUUUUUUUAUUGCUUUGCCCCGAAGAACUGAUCAGUCUGACUCAGCUGAGCUUAUUACGUGUCACAGGAAAAAAUAACGGAUUCCCAUUUUUGGAUAUUUUAGGGUAUUUAAAGAAUACCCAAAAAAAUCCCAAAUUUGGAAGAGUGAGACAAGUCCCAAUCAGGGAACUUGGUUGGGAAUUCCCUACUUGGGACUUGUCUCACUUUGCCAAAUUUGGGAUUUUUAUGGGUAUUCUUUAAAUACCCUAAAAUAUCCAAAAAUGGGAAUCCGUUAUUUUUUCCUGUGUGUACAGUGAGAAAUACAUAUUUCGACAACUGUAGCACAUUUUUAAGCUAAUUCUUUUUAUUCCAGUUGAAACUGGUGUGUCUUAGAAAUUCUCCAACAAUUUUCAGUGAAGAAUCGUUCAUAUUGAAAUUGUAAGGAAUAAUUCCUUGCAGUAUCAAUAGUAUCAUCUUCAAGUAUCAAUAUGAUUAUAUUAUUGAUUUUAAACAAUUAAAGGAGGGGGGCAUUGGGAUUUUCGGUUUUGCGGUUUUGCCUUUUUCUUAGAUCAGUUUCUCGUUUUUUGUUGCAAAAGACUUCGGUUUUUCAGUUUUGGUGGUCAUUACGGUUUGCGGGUUUUUCGUUUUUUAGCAUCUGGUUUUCGGUUUUCGUGAAAAAUACUAGCGGUUUUCGGUUUUGGUACCCGAUGUGGUUUUUGGUUUUUCCUAUUUUGUCCUAUUUUGGGUUCCGGUUUCUGUUCGAUUUGAGCAGCAGUUGAUCUCGAAUAGCCGCGAAACGCCAAAGUUAUUUAGAGGAAUGCGUGACAAAAUAAAUGUCAUGGUAGGGGAUCAAGCGUCUCCCUUGACGCCCGGCGAGACUUUGACCUCGCAGACCAGGGCGACCAUUUGGUCAGUUUGCGAGCUAUGGCUUCCAACGUGCCUCCCGCGCCAGCAACGAAAGAAGCAAUUGUGGAUUGUGUUGCGUUUUUUUACGAGGAGAUUUUAGAUUAAAGUUUCCAGCGCUAUAGCUUUUUGCGACUGCAAAAUUGCAAUUCUAAAGAGGACUUGUGUGCAAAUUCUCCUAAGUUAACUAGGCUCUAUAACUAGCGGCUUUUCAGAAAUUGAGCGGCAAAGUCUUAGCUCGAGAGAGCGGCAGAAACAAAGCCUAUGAUUUAAGUAGACACAAAAAGAUACAAAGGCUUCAGACAAAGUCCAUGACAUUCACAAAGACUUUGGUGAAAUUAGUGUUAGUUUAGAUUGCUCUGUAUACCCCACUUGUCACCAUUGUAUCGGUUUUGACGGUUUUGUAUGCGGUUUUCGGUUUUGGCCGAAUUUUUUUGCGGUUUUGCGGUUUUGGAUGAUUUUUUUCUUCGGUUUUGCGGUUUCUGAUAUACCCCAAUGCCCCCCUCUUAAAGGUGCUUCUGCUCCCAGACCCCCCCCCCCCUCCCCCUUCAGACACACACACCUCUCCCUUUUCACCUUUAGGAUUUAAGUUUCUAUAACUUUUAAAUAACCAAUUGGUUAAGUUUGAGAAAAGUCUCACAGCAGGUUUUAUCAUAGAGAAACAGAACAAAACUCUUAAAAAAAUAGUAUAAUUUAUUAUUAUACUUGAUAAAGCCCAAUAUUUGUUAAUUGAUUAGUCAAUUUAAUCAGUGAUAUGUCCAAAGCAUUUGAUUCACUUCAUUCCCCAUUAUUGAUUGCCAAAUUGAGAGCUUUUUAUGGCUUUUCAGAUGAAAUACUAGGUUUGAUACAAUCAUAUUUUUGCGAAAGGAAGUACAGGGUAAGAAUCGAUCCAGAAGCAACCAGUGAGUGGUAUGAAACUACAAGGGGUUGCCCGCAAGGAUCUUUCUUUGGACCACUCUUAUGCAAUGUAUUUCAAAAUGAUUUGCAUUACCUGGUGAAAAACUGAACUUUAUUCAUGUGCGCUGGUGACCAUCAGUGAAAUUGUCACAUGCUGCUGAAACAAUUAAAGAGAGAGAACAAAUUUUGAAUAAAGAAAGGAACAAAGCGUCCCAGUGGUGUGACAGAAACGUUUGAUAGGUAAUUUCUCCAAAUGUCAGACCAUAAGCUUUGGCUCAAAAUAAAAGAACAAGGAAUUGAAAGUCAAAAUGCUGAGUACUGAGGAAGUACAAAAACCAGGCAUUUCUGUGGAUGAACAACUAAGAUUUACAACUCAGCAUUUGCAGGGAAGGUGCAAGUCUUGUCGGCAUGAUAUUGAAAUAAUUUACAGAAAUUAAUACCUACAUCAGCAAAUUGCAAAUUGUCAAAGCUGCAUUAUUGCCACAUGUCACUGCCAAUUGAUGCCAGAUGCCAGAAAGUUAGAAAAACUUCAAGAAAGAGCACUAUAUACUUUACAUCGUCGCCUACAAGAAAUGGCCACGGACAUGUAUAAAGUUAAAAAUAACGUAUCAUCUCUCUGCAUAGCAGAUCUUUUCAAACUGAAUAAUAGUGGUUACCACCUUAGAAACUCUGAUUUUAUUAUACCUCCAUUCAACUUCAGUAGCAUAUUUUGGCAAACUUAGCCUGCACUAUCUUGGCCCUACCAUCAGGGUAAAAGUGAAUAGCUACAUUAGAUCUUCCAAAACUUUGUCAAUUUUUAACGGAUGAAGUCUGUAAAUAUCAGUAGCCUCAUCGACCAUUACUGUGACAUGAUUGUUAUCUUUGUGAAAACAUGGGUAGGGUUUUGUAUUUUAUCGCCUUUUGUUAUCACCAUUUUAACCUUUCCAAAAUCAGCAUUUUAUACUUAUAUUUAAUGUUUAGGAUUUGGCCAUCUGAGCUCCACUGAUAAGCACUGUAUUGUAAUUUAUAUAGCAGACUGUAAAGUGGAGAUAACUUGGAAUCAGUCAGUAAUGAGCUUUAAUGUAAUUCAGCAAUACCAAGUAAAGCAGGAUUACACAUACACAUAGCUUUCAAAGGUUGAAUGAUUUAGUAGAAUGAAUGGCCUUGAUGUAAAUUUUCUUUAAAACCAAGUGCCAAUAUCCUGGCAAUCAAAAAGAACUGAAUGUAAAUACAACAGGGUGCAAAGAAAAUCAUUUUUACAGCUUGCCAUUCAGGCAAGUUGAAGCCAGGAUUUACUAGCCCAGGCGUCAUUUCAACUAGCCCCCAUAUUUUUUUUGACCAGCAGAAUUGAUUUCACGGUUCUUCUGUUAUUCGAAUUCCUUGAAAAACAUCACUUGCCCGUUGGGCAAGUUAAAAACAGAAUUCAGUAGCCCAACAGCAAAAUCCACUAUCCCCAGGCUAUCUAACACUACUUUCUUUGCACACUGUGCAAGAAAAGAAUGUUCAUGCCUUGUGAUAUUAUUUUUGUAGGAAUCAUCUAUGAUGUCAUUGUUGAGCCUCCAAGUGUGGGAAGUACAACAGAUGAAUUUGGUCACAGUAAACCAGUAAGUCUGCAAUUCUUCCCUCUUCAAUAUAACGUACUCUAGCUUUUUUACACUGUUUUACUGACAGUUUGAAAGCAAACAUUCGUAGGAGGGCUUUUUUUCCCUCUAACACUAUCAUAGAAAUUAUGGAAAAUCAAGCGUUUACCCUUUGAAUGCCAACCCAAAUACACCCUAGCAACCAGCAACCAUGUUGGAUUUUUUCACAAAAAUUUUUUUUGGCAAAAAACGCUUUAUAAGCAAAACGUAAACGUUUUAUAAGUUCUCUUUUGUUGUAAUUCUUACCUUAAACAAGUAAACACAACUUAAAAAUGUAUGUGUAGUCACAAAUAUCAUGGCAGCUUCUUUUAGUACUUCACAAAACAACAUCAACUUGUGAAUGAUGUAACUUUUGAUAACUUCCUUAACAAAACAUUUAGGUUAGCAGUGAAAAUUAUUCCAUCUCAGACCCUUUCAAACAACCACAGCCAAAAACAACGAGCAACCAGAAGAUAUUUGGCCUUGUAAGAAAGAAAGUCAGUUUUGUAUCAACAAAGCAUUUUCAACUACACUAAUUGAAUUUAUGAGUAUGUUUUGUUUUAUAGUUGUUAUUGUGCCCCAAGGCAUGAUGCUUGAUAAUAGAGCUUUGAUGCAUGAUUAUGCAUCAUGCAUUUGCAAUUUAGUGCAUUAAAAAAUACAUUCUAAAGCUAAAAAGGUGUUUUUUUUUAUUUAAUAACCAUUGUAGUCUUCAGUGAAUAUGGAGCAAAUUGGCAUCUUCUAACUACACUAAAUUUCAUUCAAAAUGAAUUAAAAUCAAAGCUUUAUGCAGAAAAUGUUCUGCACUUUCAUUGCACAGCAUCUGUGCAAAAAAUGAAGUUCCUAAACACGAGUUUAGAGAAACCGUAAGACUAAAUGUAGCGUUACACCAUUUUUUACAAAAAGAUGGUCACCAACAUCGUGCGCAAGGGCAAAAGUGAUCAUUUGUAUGAUUAUGCAAUUUCAUAAUCAUAUUUUUGUUAACUCUAUUUUGUGUUUCUCAACUACAGGUUGCCUUUAUGCCAUACCGUGUAAAUGGUCAGUACAUCAUGGAGGGUUUGGCCUCAAGUUUUCUUUUCUCCAUGGGUGGAUUGGGCUUUAUUAUCUUGGAUAAAUCAAAUGCUGUUGGCAUGUCUAAACUGAACAGAUUUCUUCUACUCUUCCUGGGUUUUGUGUGCGUCUUAGUAUCUUUCUUUACAUGUCGUGUGUUCAUGAGGAUGAAGCUUCCGUGA